AUUUGUCUUGUCAUCAGCAAAAACAUUGAGUUGUAAAAUUUAGCAAGAUAGUAUAAUUAUCAAAAAAUGGAUAAAACAACUCGGAAGGAGGCAAUUAGAUUGAGCGAUAUAAACUUUAUGCCAAUUUUCUAUGCGUUGGCUGUUGUCAUUAUCACUUUAAUUGUCAUUUACUUAAUUAAGAAAAGAGCUCCAAAAAGAACCGAUUUGCUGUUGGCUGGAUUAUGUGAUUCUGGAAAGACUUUAUUAUAUUCAUUAAUUCUUAAUGGAAAUGAGGUUGAAACAUUCACAUCGCUCAAAGAAAAUUGUGGAUUAUUGAAUUUAGAAAACAGCAAGACAUUACGUCUUGUUGAUCUUCCUGGACAUGAAAGAUUGCGUUUGAGAUUACUAGACAAUUAUAAAAAUACAACAAAGGCAAUCAUUUAUGUUGUCGAUUCAUCAACAGUUCAAAAGGAUAUCAAAGAUGUUGCCGACUUCCUUUACACACUUCUUGCUGAUAAGGCUCUAUCUUCAACAGCGGUUUUAAUUUUAUGCAACAAACAAGAUGAAACAAUGGCCAAAGGAGUGCAAGCUAUUGAAUCGUUAUUAGAAAAAGAAAUAAACCUCAUAAGAAAGACAAGAACAAAUCAGCUUCAAUCUGUAGACAAUUCAUCAGACACGUCCGUGUUUCUUGGAAGAAAUGAUAAGGAUUUUGAUUUUACACAAAUAUCCCAAAAAAUUAGAUUUGCAGAAUCAUCAGCUAAGAAUAAUAAGAUCGAACAAUUGCAAAAUUUUAUUAGUGAUCUGUAAAGUUAAAAUGAAAGGAAUUAAAAAGACCUUGAUCAUGUAAUUUUUAAAGGAAAUUAAUGUCUUUUUAUGGAGAAAACAUGAACUCUAUUAAAAACAUCAAAUUAAUCGAACAUAAAUCAUACACUUUAUAUAAAAUGCCUUUAGCUAUCACACCUUAAUUCUUUUGUUUGAGGGAAAGGGAUUAUUAAUUGAUUAUAUUUUCACUGAACUCCAUUGUCGUUGCUGUUUGUCUGAUUUUGUUGACUAUUUUCAUUAUUAGACUCAUUUUGGCUUUCCUCUCUGUGUUCACUAUUUUCAUUAUUACUAGAUUGUGGCUGUGGGGAUGGUUGAGGUGUUUCAGGCGGAGGCCUUCUUGAAUAGAUUAUCAUUCCUAAAAGAAUGGUAAUGAUUGUAAUUAAAUAUAAAUCCCAAUUUGAUGCUAUGUUCUCAUUUAAUCCCAUUGAUUUGAAAACAUUAUUUUCUUUAUCUACAAUGGAUUCAAAUUUAUUGAGAACUUGGAGCUUUAAUAAAGCGAGUGCAACAGGUAUUUUUGCGUCUGAAUUCGUUUCUGCCGCUAGGUCAUAAAACCUUUUUGCAAGAUGAAUGUCUUUUUUCAUUCCCAAACCUUGUUCAUGC